UCUGUUCUGGAUUGCCAGAGGUUACAGUGGGACAUAGAUGGGAUGCAAAACUGGGUUGAGAAGUGGCAGAUGCAGUUCAACCCAGAUAAGUGUGAAGUGAUUCAUUUUGGUAGGUCAAAUAUGAUGGCAGAAUACAGUAUUAAUGGUAAGACUCUUGGCAGUGUGGAGGAUCAGAGGGAUCUUACGGUCCGAGUCCAUUGGAUGCUCAAAGCAGCUACACAGGUUGACUGAUGAAAAAGGCAUACGGUGUAUCGUCCUUCAUCAAUUGUGGAAUUUAUUUUAGUAUGUUCGGAACAAGUGGGGAAGCAGGGAAAGUGUAGACCCCUGAGGGACCAAAGGGAUGUUCUGUGCGUGGGCCAGAUGCUCAAUGAAGACUUCCCAUCUGUAUUCACCCAGGAGAAGGAUGUGGUAGAUGUGGAGUUCAGGGAGAGCGAUGGGGACAUUCUGCAGCAUGUCGGCAUCAAGGAGGAACAGUUGUGAAAUCUCUGGUGCACAAAUGUGGACCAAUCCCCAAGGGCCGGAUGAGAUGUGUGCCUGGCUGCUGGAUGAGAUGAAGGAGGAGAUUGCUGGUAUCCUUACAGAGAUUUUUGCAUCUUCAGCAGCCUCAGGAUGUCACCUGGUGAAAUGAGGGUUCUGCUGCUGAUCCUGGGUUCUCUGACCGCAGACUCCGCACUCGGUGAUCCGUGUGUAACCUACACCGUCCUGGAUCAGCCCUGGAGGAGCACGGAUUGUUCCGGCAUUGAGUGCACCAGCCAAUGGAUGGAUGAUGGAGAUCUUAUGGUGGGAUGGUACAGAUUUAACAGUUCCGGCGGACGGAAGAUUCCCGAGACUGUCGUUCCAGUGAGUCACUGCUCCGGGAGUUACCCAGGCUGGUUAAAUGGUGCCCAUCCCAGUGUGGGAGAGGGGGAGGUGACCAGGACCGUCUGCUUCACUGGGUACAGUUCUACCUGCUACGGGAACCGGGAGAUCAGGGUGAAAAACUGCUCUGGUUACUUUGUGUAUCAGCUGAAGCCAACAUUCUGCUGUAGCAGUGUGUAUUGUACAGACCCGGAGAAUUCCACAAGGAAACAGGCCAAAGGAUCAGCAACUGGAGACCCCACCCAGGAACCGUCCUCUGUGCCAUCGGGAGACACGUCCUCAGAUCGCCAGAAUUCCGGAGUUGAAGGACACACAAGGUCAUCAACGAGAGAGUCCCCGCAGGCACCACCAUCUGCCCCAGUGGGGGACACAACCUCAGCCGCAGACUCCGCACUCGGUGAUCCGUGUGUAACCCACACCGUCCUGGAUCAGCCCUGGAGGAGCACAGAUUGUUCCAACAACGAGUGCAUCCACGGAUGGUGGUCUGACAGCAAUCUUGCAGAGAUUUUACAGACCCGGAGAAUUCCACAAGGGAAGAGGCCAAAGGAUCAGCAACUGGAGACCCCACCCAGGAACCGUCCUCUGUCCCAUCGGGAGACACGUCCUCAGAUCGGCAGACUUCCGGAGGUGAAGGACACACGGGGUCAUCAACAAGAGAGUCCCCCCAGGGACCGCCCUCUGCCCCAGUGGGGGAGGCACCCUCAGACCCGGAGAAUUCCACAAGGGAACAGGCCACAGGAUCAGCAACUGGAGACCCCACCCGGGAACCGUCCUCUGUCCCAUCGGGAGACACGUCCUCAGAUCGCCAGACUUCCGGAGGUGAAGGAAACGCAGGGUCAUCAACGAGAGAGUCCCCCGAGGUACUGCCCUCUGCCCCAGGGGAGGAGACCCUCAGGUGACGGGCACUGGUGGAUUCAGGUGAAGGUGACAUCGAGCGGAGACAUGACUGAGGAGGAAGUGAUGGAAGCCACUCGGGAAAAGCUCCGGGAGAUGUUUGGUGACCCUAACCCACAGCUGGAGCUGCAGCAGUGUUCCGAGGGCCCUGCAGAGGACUGAGGGGUGCCACCCCUCGCCCGUCCCAGCACAGACCCUCAUUGCCUCCGCCUCACGCUGGCCUCGUUUCUGUCCACAAAGGGUUAAUGCUGCCCAGCCCUGGUCUGUUGUUGCCCUGCUGCUGAUUCUCCGUCUGCCCUUUUCCUAAUUUAAACAAAUAUAUCUUGAUUAUGGGUGGAGAUUUCAAUUGCUGUUUAAACCCUUCGAUGGAUAGGUCUGUGUCGAAUCACGUACUGCCAAACAAAUCCGCUGUUUUUAUUCAUUCAUUUUUAGUUGAUUCCAGAAUUUUAGAAGUUUGGAGAUUUCUACACCCAUAUGAUAGAGUUUUCAUUCUUUUCUCAUGUCUAUCACAGCUGCUCUAGAAUUGAUGAGUUCUUUAUCGACUCUCGAUUAGCUCCAUCUGUUACUGACUGUAAGUACAAUGCAAUUGCCGUUUCUGAUCACGCCCCAUUGAAUCUAUCAAUCCAAUUAGUGGAUGGAGCCUCUGGUGCCCGACAAUGGGAUUCAAUUCUUCUCUACUUCACGAUUUAAACUUUGUUAACUUUAUUAAAGAACAGAUUUCCUUUUUCUCCUCAACUAAUUCUGUGGAAGAAAUUCCAGUGGGAUAUUAUGGGAUAUCUUUAAACCUCAUAUCCAUGUUCAAAUUAUUUCAUACUCUGCUGGAUUGAAAAAACGAACUAAUAAUGAAUUACAUAUAUUGGUUGAUAAAAUUAAAGAAAUUGAUAAAAAAUACUCUGUUGCUCCCAAUUUGGAGCUUUAUAAAAAGAGAAUUUUUUUUAGAAUUUUACUUACAGCGUGGUAACAGGCCCUUCCGGCCUAACAAGACUGUGCCGCCCAUUUUAAACCCCAUAUUAACCUACCUGUACAUCUUUAGAAUGUGGGAGGAAACCAGAGCACCUGGAGGAAACCCACGCAGACACGGGAGAACGUACAAACUCCUUACAGACUUGAACCCCGAUCACUGGCGCUGUAAUAGCAUCGUGCUAACCGCUAUGCUACUGUGCCGCCCCGAAUGGGAAUAUUUAUUUAACACACUUGAGAAAUUUAAUUUUAGCCCAAAUUUUAUAUCCGCGAUUGAUAUAUCAUACACCUUUGGCUUCAGUACUUACCAAUAAUCAGAGAUCCCCCUUUUUCAGGCUUUUUCCAGGCACUAGACAGGGCUGCCCUUUAACUCCUUUACUAUUUGUUAUUGCCUUGGAACCCUUGGCAAUUGCCUUUUGGGCCUCUUCUCACAUACUUGGUAUUACUCGUGGAAAUGGGACGCAUAAGAUCUCACUAUAUGCAGCUGACCUGUUACUUUAUACUCUAACCCUGAGAAAUCCAUUCCUGCAGCAUUAUCACUGCUUGCUCAAUUUAGUGUUUUUUCUGGCUAUAGAUUAAAUCUCAAUAAGAGUGAGUUUUUCUCAUUAAAUAUGCAAAUCCCAAUCUAUAGGCAAUUACCAUUUAGAUUAGUGACUAAUUAUUUUACUUAUUUGGAUGUUAAAAUUACCAAGAAGCAUAAGGACUUAUUCAAAGUGAACUAUUUACCCUGAAUCAAUCAUGUUAAACAAUUGCUUCCUAAAUGGUCCCCACUGUCUCUGUCAUUGAUUGGUUGAAUCAAUGUGGUUAAGAUGAAUAUUUUACCAAAAUUUUUGUAUUUAUUCCAAGAGGUUCCAGACUUCAUCUCGAAAUCCUUUUUUGAUAUUAUUGAUUCUAAACAUCUUUCAUAUAUAUGGCAGAAUAAAAACCCAAGGUUAACUAAGAAAUAUUUACGAAAAUCAAAAAAGGAUGGCAGUAUGGCUUUGCCUAACUUUAGAUUUUACUAUUGGGCAAUUAACGUUAGAUAUUUAAUUUUUUGGACGCAAGAUUUCGAUGUAAUUCAACGUCCCCGAUGGGUGUAUCUUGAGUAUGAGUCAGUGCAAGGGUUUUCAUUAGCUUCUAUUUCAGGAGCCUCGCUCCCCUUUGCACUUACUAAAUUGAAGAAACAAAUGACUAACCCGAUAACUAAACAUACAAUCCGAAUAUGGUUUCGAUUUCAUAAAUUUUUCGGAUUGAAUAAAUUCAUUUUAUCAAGUCCUAUCCAAUCCAAUUUUUUUUCCAACCAAUCAAUUGAUUUAGCUUUUUCUUUAUAGAAAAUGAAGGGAAUAACAUCCUUUCAUGAUCUAUUCAUUGAUGUUUGUCUUUUGAACAGUUGUCUGAUAAAUACAAUUUGCCUCGAUCACAUUCUUUUUCGAUAUUUACAGAUUAGAACUUUUUUAAAGUUAUUUUAAAGUUGUUUUAAAGUUUCCAAUACCACAUAAAAUUGAAAUUACAGAAAAAAAAUUUAGGUUUUAAUCUUUAUCAGAAGGGCUUGAUAACAAUAAUUUAUGAUCUGAUUAUGAAAAUACGUCUGGAGAACCUUGAUAAAAUUAAGAAUGAAUGGGAAAGAGAGCUUCAGAUACUUUUACCUAUAGAGACAUGGAAGAAAAUUCUCCAAUUAGUUAAUACAUCUUCAUUUUGUGCCAGACACUCUGAUGCAGUUUAAGGUGGUUCACAGGACCCAUGUGUCCAAGGACAAGUUCACUCGUUUUUAUCACCAUAUAAAUCCUAGAUGUGACAGAUGGAAUUUGGAGGUGGCUUCCCUUACACACAUGUUUUGGUCCUGCCCUCUUUUGGAAAAAUAUUGGAAAGACAUUCUUAAUAUUAUUUCAAUUGUAUUGAAUAUUGAUUUACAGCCUCAUCCUAUUACUGCAAUUUGUGGGUUGCCAGUGAUGGAUUCCGGCCAUCUAUCCGCUUCAGCUUGUCCUGUGAUUGCAUUUGUUACAUUAAUGGCCAGGAAAUCCAUUCUAUUUAAAUGGAAGGACCCUGUACCCCCCAACACAUUUCAAUGGUUUUCUCAAACUAUAACAUGUUUAAACUUAGAGAAAAUUAGGAGUGGCUCUGUUGACCCUUUGCUUACAUUUGGAGCCCAUUCAUUCAGUAUUUCAUGUGAUGUCAGCUGACCUUUUUCAAAUCCCUUUCAAUAACCUUCUAUUUGAAUAUCGAGGAGCGGAGCUAAAGUCAUAAUGUUUUUCAACCGAAGAAAUAACAAUCCUUUUUUUUGUAGGUUUUGGUUUGCUUUUGUUUGUUAUUACUGUUUAAUUUUGAGGUUCUCUUUUCAUAUCAUCACAUUUCUUUUCAAUGUUUUUUGUCUCAUGUUCAUUCAGUAAGAGAUUGGGAGGUUCAGAUGAAAUAUUGUACUGGCUGUGAGUCUAGAUGUCACUGUUAUUACUGUAAUCCCGGUCUCUUCACACCAGGUGCAGCAUCACUGUUGCUCUGUGUAGUCAUUUGAAAUUUAAUAAAAAGAUUGAAGAAGAAAGAUUCUCUGUCUGCUGCAGGCGCUGAGCCUUUGGUCUCGGUCCCACGGUGAAGUCUGAUCCCAUCACUGAGCAGUGAGCCCGGCACUGCAGGACUGAGAGUGACCCCACACACUGGCCUGUUUCAGCGGGGCGGUGGGGGGCAGAUCUCCUGCUUGGUGGGGAGAUCCAUCACACACCGUGCACAGUGUCCGGUCCCUGUAAACACCGAUAACACCCACACCCCUCACUGCAGCACUGGGGAAGUGUGAGACACCACACACCGUACACAGUGUUCGGUCCCUGUAAACACUGAUCACACCCACACCCCUCACUGCAGCACUGGGGAAGUGUGAGACAUCACACACCGUCCACAGUGUCCGGUCCCUGUAAAUACUGAUCACACCCGCACCCCUCACUGCAGGACCCCUCUGGUCUCUGGAGUUCAUUGUGAUGGUAUCCUGAGGAAAACACACACACACACCUACAAACACUCCUGACCACACUACAACACAUUAAA